AUGGAUCAACAAAAUGAUACAAAUAUUGGAGCUGAUACUGUGGAGAGAGAAGAUUUUUCAAAAAAUGUUGAGGAAGAUCAUGAAGCUUCUACGCGGUCCAAGAAGAAAGAGGCCUCUCUAUAUCUUAAGGAGGUGAUUAAAUACCAUGGUAUGGGGUUGGUGGAAACUAAGAUCAAUGCAUUUGAUAAAGUUUCCUUUGAGAAGAUUAUGGGAGCUGAUUGGGAUUUCUAUCUCAUUCCAUCUGAUGGCCUAUCUGGAGGAAUUAUGGUAUUGUGGAGGUCUGAUUUAGCUUCUUUCUCAGUUUUAAAGGAAGAAAAUCAGUGUAUUUUUGGAGAUCUCAAUGUCUUCAAUAAAGGAGUGUGGAUGAUUGCUACUAUAUAUGGCAACAAGGAUGUUGUAAAGAGGAGAGAUUUUUGGAGGAGUUUACAGAAGGUUUCCAUUAGAAAGGUUCCUUUCAUUUUUGGGGGAGACUUUAAUUGCAUCUUAUCUCAAGAAGAAAAGAGGGGUGGAAGGAAAUUUUUUUUUUCUCAAGGUCCAAUAGAGAUGGCUGAUUUCUUAAAUAUGAGUGACCUCCAUGAUGUGGGAUUUGUUGGUCAAAGAUUCAUGUGGUGUAACAAUAAAACAGGAGGAGAUCGUAUUCUUGAGAGACUGGACAUAUAUGUGUGGAUUUCUUACAAAGCUUCUUCUCUCAUUAUUGCAAGAGUUUGGAGGAAUGCAUUCCAAGGUAGUGAUAUGGAGAUUCUCAAUAAGAAGUGCAAGAAAGCUUUGAAGGAUUUGUUUUAUUGGAGCAAGGCAAGGAUUAGGGACUUUUCUUUGGACAAGGAGAAAUUAAAAGAAGAAAUCUCUCUGAUUCAAGAAGGAGAGGCUUCGGUUGGAUGGCUUACUGAAGAAAAACUUUGGAUGCUGAGAUCAAAAGUUAAAGAGCUUAAUUCAGUACUUUCAAGGCUUAAUACAUGGUGGAGACAAAGACCAAAUGCUAAGGGGAUAGAAGAAGGUGACACUAAUUCUAAAUUUUUUCAUUCUUUUGCCAACACAAGAAGAAAUGGAAAAAGAAUUUCUCAAAUUAAAGAUGCUGGGGGUGUGAUCACUGAAGAACCCGAAGAGAUGCAUAAGGUGUUUUUCCAGUUUUUCCAAAAUAAAUGGAAACAGAGGACUUGCUGCAUUGAUAAUUGGCCAAACCCACUAGCUAUUCUGGAUGAUGCUGAUAGAAGAAUCUUGGAGGAGAAAAUCUGA